CUACCUACCUAGUAGCAUUGCUGCUACUCCACUAACAGUUAAUAUUAAUUACCUUUGGGUUAUCAUCUCAGGUAGUUACUCAACAAGUACGGCGAUCCAUAUUUACUACCACACCACGGGCACUACUUCUAUAAAGGCAACAGCUACAAGAAAUUGCCAUUAUAUCUGAUAUCACUGUGAAGUUUUUGAGAGUGCUAAUGCCACGGAGUUCUUUCGAAGUCUAGCAAUGUUCGCACCAAAGACACAUAUAACAGGGGCAGCUCCCUUUCAGAGUCGAAGGAGACAGCGAACAGACUCUAAUGAGUUUGACAAGCCACCAAGGGCUAAGAGGCAGCGCCCUGUGUCACUCCAGGAAUCGCCUGAGAGAACUGGUUCACUUUCCCGGGCUGAUGAACCUAUACAAUUUAAAGAACCCGCUGAGAGAGACAAUUCUGGACAUGUACACUCACUUCAUGACAAUGGUGGUGAACAAAAGAUCCCAAUCAGGGGCCCGAGAAACCCGGAACAGCAAGAAACUAGCAUAAGCGGGGGAGCUGUUACUCUAUCCAAAACUGACUACUAUGUUGUAUCACAACUUCCCUCCUUACCUGAGCAGCUGCGCGGACAUCAAUCAGAAAUACGCAGAUGUUUUUUCGGAUAUAGCAACAAUUAUGCAUUGGCUCUAACGUAUUCACAUGCAAUUGUCUGGUCUUACCCAUCACCUACUGCGUCUCUUUCUUCACCCGAUGUUUUCACCCUGUCGAUCCCCGAAUCGUGUAGGGAUUAUGAGGGUCCUGCGCCUCUUGGAGUUCUACUAUCGUCUUCGGCGCUGGGAUCUCCGGGAUUAAUGAUCGUAAUACCUUCUACAGGAAGGAUAGUUUACUGGGAAACCGUGUCCAGCGCUACUUCACUGGGGUUAUCAAAGCAAAAGCAAAUUGGAGUCCAGGCUUCUAUACCUGGCCUGUUCUCUGGUGAGUAUGCGAAGGACGUUGUCAAUGCUGAGCCCUCGGGUAUAGUGGUCACGUUUUCCUCUGGGAGAGUGGCGCAUCUUACUCUUAGGGACUCCCAAGGUAAACCCAAUGUGAGAGUUAAUUUUCUUCGCAACACCGCCGAUUCCAAGAGUGUUGGACUUCUAGCUGGAAUAAAAAAUGUCCUAGGCGGAGGCUUUUGGCGAAAGGAUGUGGCCGCUACUACGACAGGCCUGUCUCACCAGCGAGGACAGCGAGAUGUCAUAAUUGCUACUUGUGCUGGUAUUUUCGAAACCUGGGAUACACAUUGGCACAAUGGAAAUGUCCUCAAAAGGCAAUUUGAUAUUAAGCCUGAUGUGUGCCGUGCCCUUGGUUUGGAUUUUGUAAAUGGUGUCCAUCAGGGGGACAUUAGGAUAUUGGAUUUCGCAUUUACACCUGGCCAAUGUAUCGAUACAUCCGAUUCCAGGAAAACGGCUGAUGGGACAUUGGUGGUUUUGAUUCUGGUGGUCCCGUCCCAAGAAUCACAGCCUGCAAACUUAUGGGUAGUCAAGGCAAACAUAUUGGGCGAGAAACCCAGCGUUCUAUCUGCCAUUUUCAUUGGUGAGCAUGGCAUCCCUACAAGAUCGGAUGCAUUGCAGCCAAAAAUAUAUGUUCCAAAAACCGGUGACACAGCGUUUGUCCUUACCGACCAGUCAGUUACCCUCUUGUCACUCGAGCCUAUCGAGCAGUCUCCGAACGUACAAACUAUUUCCAAGAAUAUGCGCCCGACCUUUCAAGACAGCAUCCACUUUCGCAAUGGAGAAAAGUACGACAUACUAGGUCACGGUUUUGAAGAACAAGCAGACGAAAACCAUUAUCCCGCGUGUUUGAUCAUGGUGAGAGGAUUCGGUGUCAUUCGAGUUACCGCUCUACCUCACGCUGCAGUGGCUGAAAGCGAUGACAUGCCAAUCACUGCAAAACACAAACUUGAGCAGGCUGUCUUUUAUGGAUCAAUGUUGGGAAGUCCACUGGACCUUGUCAGGAAGGAUGGCUUGCGAUUUCCCGACGAACAAAUUGAACAGGCUUCAUUAGAUAUCAGCAGAGACUUGCUUCAAUCGAGCUCAAAAUUUAUACCCAACCCAUCAACCUCCCUCGCCCAACAUCUCAGAAUGCGGGUGAAGGCAAUAGAUGACCUUGUAUACCUAUUGCUGCAACAGGGUAAACAAUUGAGUCUCCAUGCAUGGUGGGAAUUAUUAUGGGGGGCUGAAAAGCUAGCUGCUCUACAAGCUAUGUGGAGGGUAGAAGAAAGCUUCAGGGAUAAAUACGGCGAAUCAACAUUUUUAGCCAACGUUAUUGAACAAAUGAACGAUAAAUUCAAAACGAAAAGGGACGCUUGUGGCAGCGAAAGUGACUCCGUCCGCCAGUGGUUCUUACAUGAUUCAUACCAGAUGGAACACAUAAUUCCAUGGAUGGUCAAUGCUGCCAAGCCCAAGAGAGGGAUGUCUUCAUUGAGGCGAGGGAAAAUAAUGGCCGAACAUAUAUUACAAGCGAGUGAACUUUCUCUGGCCGCUUUAGAGGCUGCUUUCCAAUAUCGCGAAAAGCAUGCUGACCUAUAUGCAUUCAAUGGGGGAGUCCUGGAAGAUGGGGUUUUAACCUCCGGAUACCAAGGUCUACCUGAAUUUUGGACGUCGAGAAAUACCAUCUACGUCGAAACAGGUCACUUGCUGGAUUUCGAACUGGACAGUUGCAGGGCUUGGUUCCAGAAAUCCGCGUCCACAGCCGAAGCACCAGACACCACUGUUACGAAAAGGGUUGCACGGAACUGUUCCCGUCAUCUUCGUGUUUUGGGCCAAAUGCACCGUGAGCGGACAUAUUGGCUUUCUUCUCAUGAAGACCCAAAAUUAAUAGAUGAGGGUGUAGCCCUUGAGCGGGAAUAUACCAAACGACGCAAAUGGCAGUUAUUCAAAUUGGCAGGAAUCGGGCAAUUACACGACGCAAUUAGCCUAGCUGAGUCUUUUCGAGACAUGAGUGCACUUGUGGAACUUAUUAUCGAACUUCAGGAUCAAACUAGGGAUCGGAAUUUCUGCAAUGUAUCGUUGGGAGACAUCUCUGAUGUCGUGGUCAGCGAUGCGGGACAGUGCGCGGAGAAAAUAUCUCUUUACUUUGACAGAUUCGGGGAACCUUGGGCGGAUGCUUUUUUUUCUCGUCAGAUAUCCAUGGGCCAGCCAGGGGUAUUGUUUGCAAUGAGAAAGUUCCAGGCUUUUGUCACGCGAUUCUUGCGCAAGACAUCUUGUUACUCGCGAUUAAGCUGGAUCAAUGAUGUGAUCAGUGAGAGCGAUUAUAGCACAGCAGCGCGGUCUUUAGAAACCCUGGCUAUUGAAGAGGAGCCAGAUAUUUGGAAUCAUCAUGUCGAGUUGUCGUUGGCAAAGCUUGCUCGAUUAGCGGCGUCGGAGAAAGCACCCUCACCCAGUCAUUCCGUGAUUCAAUCUGAUAUUGAACGACUUGAUAAUUACGCCGCGAUAGAUGCCGUGCAAGAAAUGGUCUACGAGCAUAUUCUACCCGUCUUGCAUGGCGCUAUUGAUCAAAAGGCUAGUAUUGAACUAGCAAUUGACCAUUUCGGGAAGUCAGUUCUGAAAGACAGGCCCUCACUUCAUGAGAUCCUCUGCGACGCCCUCACAAGGGUAGUAAGCAAAAAGGUCAUUGGAGUCGACCAGCUUGUCGAUUUGUUGACUUUGAUCGAUCCAAGCGAGAUUCCCGAACAUGGUCGCAGCAGAUUCUUAGGGAGAGAGUUUUAUCUAGCCCUUCGCGUUGUUCAUUUAAGCAACUACUCCGAGAAAAAUCCAUUAUAUCAUGUCGCGCUGCAGAAGUUGGUUUGGAGGCGGUGCAUGAUUAGAGACAACUGGGCAGUUGUGGGAGAAACUAUGGACGGAUUCGAUGGCGAUGGAGUCAACUCUUCCAUUCACAACACAGCACUAUUUCGUACCAUGAGCAUGUGUCUAGGUGAAGGGGCCAAUGACCCUUUGCUCAACAAGCCUUUCUCCCCAUCUGAGGUCGCCAACAGUUCCUCAGAUUUUGAUUUACUAGGUUCACGGUUUCGUUCACAUCAGCGCGAUCGGGUCAUCCGUGAUCUCGAGAAGGAGAAUGAGAUUCUACGACAAUACAUCGACAAUGGGGAACUUGAGGUUUGGUUUAGAAACAUCUUAGUUUCGACACAGGCGAUCAGCUCAUCAGGCUCAUGAUAGAAGAUUGCCAUUCGUGGAUUUGAGAGCUUUGGCCAACCAAUGGCUUGCUUUGUCUGCAGGCGAAAUAUACUACUAGUAGGGAAUUUAAUGG